AUGCCACACUUAAUCAAUUUUCCCUUUGAAAUUAUCGUUGAAAUAUGUUCAUACAUCGAUUUAUAUUCACUUAACGCAUUAGCUCUUUCUUGCAAAGACUUGACAUUCAUUCUUAAACAUCCUCCUCUGUGGCGCCACAUUCGUUUCAUAAAUCUUGAAGAACAAAAUCAAAUUGAAAGUCAAUUUUUAUCCCCUCUUAAAUAUAAAGCUUUCAAAAUUCCUUAUAAAUUGUCUCGCAUCGAUGAUAGGCGUGCUCGUCAACUUCUUAACAUGUUACAAAGGAAUAACUUGUCGUCUGUGGUUUGUUCUAUAAACUUUGACUUCACGUCUAUUAACUGUACUUCAAUUUGGGAGUCUAUAAACGGGUUUCUAAAUCUUGAAGAAAUAAGUUGUCGUGGUUGUUUAAAUCUUUCUUUACGUGACUUGGGUACGGCUCUAACUUGGUUUGAACCAUUAGUACCAGUAUUAAAAUUAAGAAAAUUACAAGUACUUUGGUGUAAAGAUAUGAGUCCAAGAACAAUUAUGAGACAACGCUUAUAUGUGAAUGAUGUAAGUGACUAUUAUAGUAACGUGAUAUUCGGUUUUUUGAAAGCUUUGAAACAAUUGAAAACUGAGAGGCCAAUACUACUUGAUGUUGAUACAUGCGGAAUGUGUAGAACAAAUGUAACUAUUACUAUUCCAUGUUCAAAUUGCAAAAUUCAAAGAAGCUUUUGUGUGAGCUGUGAUUUGGAUCGUGGAUGUUUAGAUUGUUUUAGAUUUUAUUGCGGUACCGAUUCAUGCAAACCAUCAUCGUCGUCAUCACAUGUAGAUCCAUUUUUGGCGCCUGGUAAAGGUAGUGGUGGAAAAAGUAUCGCCAUAUGUGAUAUAUGUCAUGGAGGUUCGUAA